GUCCCCUCGAUAUAAGUCCUCACUUCCGCUUUACGUGCAUGCUGUAACAGCUGACGCGGUGUACGCCUGUUUCUGUUGUUUGCAGCUCUGCACAUUCUCCCAGAAAAUAACUCGUCAUGACUAAAGACGGCGUUCAGGGGGCGCCGGCGGUGGCGGAGGAGGACCCUCAGGCCCCGUCAAAGAAAGCCCAGAAGAAACAGCAGAAGGAAGCAGAGAAAGCUGCAAAAAAGGCUGAGAAACAAGCCAAGCUGGCUGGUGAUCAGAAAACCGAAGAGGAGGAUGAUUUUGCCAAGGACCGUUAUGGUGUGAUGGCAAUGGUGCAAUCCCAACAGAAAAUGGAGAGAGUUUUGACGCUGGUCAAGGACCUCACUCCCAAAAGGGCCGAUGAGUUGAUCUGGUUGCGUGCCCGGGUCCACACCAGCAGGGCCAAAGGGAAGCAGUGUUUCUUGGUGCUGCGCCAGCAGCAGUUCAACGUGCAGGCGCUGGUGGCGGUGGGAGAUCGUGCCAGCAAGCAGAUGGUCAAGUUUGCAGCAAACAUCAGCAAGGAAAGUAUCGUGGACGUGGAGGCAUCCGUGAGGAAAGUGGACCAGAAGAUCGAGAGCUGUUCACAGCAGGAUGUGGAGCUUCACAUUGAGAGGAUUUUUGUCAUCAGCCAGGCCGAGGCCCGUCUCCCCUUACAGUUGGAUGAUGCCGUUAGGCCCGAAGGAGAAGGGGAUGAGGAGGGCAGAGCCACUGUCAACCAGGACACCAGACUGGACAACCGAGUGAUUGAUCUUAGGACAACCACCAGCCAAGCCAUCUUUCGUCUGCAGUCAGGAGUGUGCCAACUUUUCCGAGAUACCCUCACUAAAAAGGGCUUUGUGGAGAUUCAGACACCUAAAAUCAUAUCAGCUGCCAGUGAGGGUGGAGCCAACGUCUUCACGGUGUCUUACUUUAAGACCAGCGCCUACCUGGCCCAGUCUCCCCAGCUGUACAAACAGAUGUGCAUCUGUGCUGAUUUUGACAAGGUCUUCUGUGUGGGUCCAGUUUUCAGAGCGGAAGACUCCAACACCCAUCGGCAUCUCACUGAGUUUGUGGGUCUGGAUAUUGAAAUGGCUUUCAAUUACCAUUACCAUGAGGUCAUUGACUCCAUCACUGACACCAUGGUCCAGAUCUUUAAAGGCCUGAGAGACAACUUCCAGUCGGAGAUCCAGACUGUAAACAAACAGUUUCCUAGUGAGCCUUUCAAAUUUCUGGAGCCCACUCUGAGACUUGAGUACAAGGAGGGGUUGGCCAUGCUGCGUGAGGCCGGGGUGGAGAUGGGUGACGAGGAAGACCUGAGCACGCCGAAUGAAAAACUACUUGGCCGCCUUGUCAAGGAGAAGUAUGAUACCGAUUUCUACGUUUUGGACAAGUACCCGCUGGCUGUGAGACCUUUCUAUACCAUGCCUGAUCCCAACAACCCUAAAAAUUCCAACUCCUAUGACAUGUUCAUGCGUGGGGAGGAAAUUCUGUCCGGGGCUCAGAGAAUCCAUGAUGCGCAGCUGCUGACCGAACGGGCCAUGUAUCACCAGAUUGAUCUGGAGAAGAUCAAGGCGUACAUUGAUUCCUUCCGCUAUGGCGCCCCCCCACAUGGCGGUGGAGGCAUUGGCCUGGAGAGAGUCUGCAUGUUGUACCUCGGGCUCCACAAUGUGCGCCAGACCUCCAUGUUCCCCCGUGACCCCAAACGCCUGACGCCUUGAAACUGUCAAGGGCGGCCAUCUUUUCAAAACCAGACUUCAUAACAGUGAUGGACGGGGAAACUACUAAUUCACAAUACUGAUUUCGCGGGUUAGUGCCACUCUUAGACACUAACACGCUACUGGGAUUUAUUUCUACUAAGGCAGAUUAUUGGAGUCAGUGCAACAGUAGGAAACUUUAUUGAUUGUUGUGAUGAGAUGUCUUAACAACAAGCAACAGUUGAGCGACAGAAGGCGUGCACUCGAGUUAGGUUUGAAAGAUGCACUACCUGUAGUUACUGUCUCACUACCUCCAACUAACCAUCAUGGUCUCCUACAAUAUGUCUGUAACUAGAUGGGUUUUUUUUAAUCAAAAGAACAAACCAUGGAUCGUAAAAAUAUUUUCAAAACAUAAAA